GGCACCGGAAGCCGCUCCCCUGUGAGGCUGCGGACCAGGAGCGGCGGCCGCAGGUCCAGGCGCCAUGGCUGCUGAGCGGACCCGGCCGCUGCGAGGCUCUGGCGGCCCGAGCGCGCCUAGUCGGUGUGAGCCCGGCGCGAGGUCCCGGGCCCCGGGGCGCUCGCUCAGAAAAAUGAAACUCUGGAUCACCUGAUUAGUCUGAGUGGGGCAGUCCAGCUCAGGCACCUCUCCAAUAACCUGGAGACUCUCCUCAAGCGGGACUUCCUCAAACUCCUUCCCUUGGAGCUCAGUUUUUAUUUGUUAAAAUGGCUCGAUCCUCAGACUUUACUCACGUGCUGCCUCGUCUCUAAACAGUGGAAUAAGGUGAUAAGUGCCUGCACAGAGGUGUGGCAGACUGCCUGUAAAAAUUUGGGCUGGCAGAUAGAUGAUUCUGUUCAGGACGCUUUGCACUGGAAGAAGGUUUAUUUGAAGGCUAUUUUGAGAAUGAAGCAACUGGAGGACCAUGAAGCCUUUGAGACCUCAUCAUUAAUUGGGCACAGUGCCAGAGUAUAUGCACUUUACUACAAAGAUGGACUUCUCUGUACAGGGUCAGAUGACUUGUCUGCGAAGCUGUGGGAUGUGAACACAGGGCAGUGUGUUUACGGCAUCCAGACCCACACUUGCGCAACAGUGAAGUUUGAUGAGCAGAAGCUUGUGACAGGUUCCUUUGACAACACUGUGGCCUGCUGGGAAUGGAGCUCCGGAGCCAGGACCCAGCACUUCCGAGGGCACACGGGGGCGGUGUUUAGCGUGGACUACAAUGAUGAACUGGAUAUCUUGGUGAGCGGUUCUGCAGACUUCACUGUGAAAGUAUGGGCUUUAUCUGCUGGGACAUGCCUGAACACACUCACUGGGCACACAGAAUGGGUCACCAAGGUGGUUUUGCAGAGGUGCAAAGUCAAGUCUCUCUUGCACAGUCCUGGAGACUAUAUCCUCUUAAGUGCGGAUAAAUAUGAGAUCAAGAUUUGGCCAAUUGGGAGAGAAAUCAACUGCAAGUGCUUAAAGACAUUGUCUGUCUCUGAGGACAGAAGUAUUUGCCUGCAGCCAAGACUUCAUUUUGAUGGCAAAUACAUUGUCUGUAGUUCAGCACUUGGUCUCUACCAGUGGGACUUUGCCAGUUAUGAUAUUCUCAGGGUCAUCAAGACUCCUGAGAUAGCAAACUUGGCCUUGCUUGGCUUUGGAGAAGUCUUUGCUCUGCUGUUUGACAACCGCUACCUGUACAUCAUGGACUUGCGGACAGAGAGCCUGAUAAGCCGCUGGCCUCUGCCAGAGUACAGGAAAUCAAAGAGAGGCUCCAGCUUCCUGGCAGGCGAAGCAUCCUGGCUGAAUGGACUGGACGGGCACAAUGACACGGGCUUGGUCUUUGCCACCAGCAUGCCUGACCACAGUAUUCACCUAGUGUUGUGGAAGGAGCAUGGCUGAUGCCACAAGCCACAACCGCUGAUUGACUUUGGGUGCCAGGGCUGCGGGUUUUGGGUGCAACCUUGUGGCAGCCAACUGCAUGAACCAAAGUUCUCACCUAAUGGUAUCGUCACGCAGUGCACAAUCAUUUAUCUAUGUUUGCCAGGGGCCAGGGUUUGGGGCGGGGGAGGGUUUGUUUUAUUGACAUACAGUGCAGCAUGCUAAUGGGGUACACCAUUGACUUCAUUUGUAUUUAUGUUGGUCAGUAUAAGAGGAUGCAUUUUGGAUUCAUCUUUCUUGAGUGGAAUAUUGGUUUUAACUAAAGGAGGCUAAAUGAUUAAUUAAUCUGCUAAUUGGUUGCCUAUAAAAUCAUAUUGAAUCUGUUAUUAAAGCUUUUUACCAUAGCCUUUUUUCAUUUAAAGUUGAAGCAAAGGUGCUAUGAUGUUGUUAUAGCAGUUUCUGUCACAUGGGGCUUAGCUGUUAUCAGAGCCAGUGUUACAAAGACCACAGAGUCCUGUGACAUUCAUGAACUUCCCACCAAAUCCCAAUACUAUAGAAAGUCUGUCUUCCAGUGAAAGUCAAAUUCUAUCAAUUGAUUGUUAGUUCUUGGCAGGGUCAAGAUUAACUGUGCGUAUGAUGUGAGGGGGGUUUAUGUAGUUUUUGUUUCCAUGUGGAGAAAGUUGGUCCUCCAAUCUGGGUAACUGAAGAGGUAACAUGAAGUAGUAGAAGGAACACUGAGCUAGAAGAUUGGUGACCAUUUAUUACUUAGGAACUCUAUGCCCUCAGGCGUAUCACUUCUCUGGGCCCCAGUUUCCUUGUCUGUGCAGGCAGCAUUCAACUAAAAUUCCUUCAAGUCCUGCAUCCAAUGAAGUGUACAAAAGUUGAAACUGAAGUUUUGUCCCACCACUGAUUUGUUGUUUCUUGUUUGGGGAUAAUACUUAAUGAAAUCUCUGAUACAAAGUUAUUAUCUAUAAGGAAAUCAAUUAUAUGAAAAUGAUGAAUGAAAGAGGAAUAUAGAAAAUAUAAGAAAUUCCACUUAGGAAAUGUAAAUUAUUGGUGGAGGAGAUGCAGUUAGAAGUCAGGGUUCUGUAGGGAGGCUGUGUGCUUCGUGGGAAGGAAUGAAAGCUGAGCCUGACCCAUCUUCCUCCUUUGCCUCUAAUGUGACCUUUCCCUCCUUAGAUCCUCAUUUUCCUCAUUUUUAAAAUAAGGAAAUCAUCCUGGAUUAGGGUUUACACACUCAAAUGCCUUUGUAAGCCAUACAGGUAACAAAUUAAUAGAAUUAACAAAUUAAUAGAAUUUGUUACCUAUAUGGCUUACAGGUAACAAACAGUAGGAUUGUAUGGAACCCUGGAAAGUACAUGUAACAAACAGGACAUCCACUCAGCUCUAGCUGUUUUAUCAUUAGCAGAAACAAACUCAGUGUUGGUAGAUCUGAUUUUUUUCCACAGGGAGCUAGAAAUACAGAUUUUUGAAAUCUCCUGAUUUUGAAAAUGUUAACAAAUGAGUAGAGAUGUCUAAAAUAAGAUGUUUAUGUGCUGUCAGUUGGUAUCCUCUACCCUCUCAUUCUAAAGUCAGGUAAUUCAGGGGUUCAGCAGUGGAAGUAUUUAGCAUAGUUAUCACAAACAUUUAAUGAGAAAGUGGAGUGAGCAGCAGAAGCUGUUCCCUUGUGGUAGCAAGGGAGUAAGGGGAUGGCACUUUUCAUUCACAGACCCAACAGGAAAAUAGUUUGAAAAUGAACUUUAGUGAAAGCCUCUGCCAGGGAAUGUACUUUACUCCUUGCUGCCUCCAAUAUAAAGCAUAUCAUUUAACAGAUGGGACACAUGGUUCAUGGCAGAAGUGAGAAUGAUGUGAACUCUAGAAUCUGCAUUAACGUAGAGUAUGACUGGACUUCAGAAGGCUGAAAGUUAAUAGAGAAUCACUGGUUUGUUUCAAGGACAGGUUCGGUUAGUAGUCAUGUCGAAACUCCACAGGGAUUAGAUGAAAGAAUAAUUAUUUUUCUCAAUCCCCCAAAUCUGUAUUUAAUCUUUGUCACAUUGAGUUGUGUGCAUGAACUGUUUUUUGGUUCACCUACACGAGAAACCAGAAUUACAAUUGGAAUCUUUUGCAGGGGUCCCUAGAGACUAGGCAAUGAUGGUGAUAAAUGGAAAACUCAUUUUCAGUCAAUUUGGAUGCAUAAUUGAGAUUACUAAUCUCCCACCUCACAUUCAGAUCUAUCAUUAGUUUCAAAGGGCAGGUCAUUAUAGUAAUUUGUGGGAAAAGUUUUAUGAAAUAUGACAAACUUGAAACUCACAUGUCCCUUUUCAGUUUUCAGUGGUGAACACAAAAUAUCAUCAAGGUGACAUGGCUGGAUUUUGACAGCAGUACUUGAAACAGUGAUUAGAGUCCUAACCUUGAGUCUUUCCUAUAAAUACCUUUAUUUCACCUGAGCAUUUUAUGUAAUUACUUCAGAGGUGCUGGAUUUAUUCAUACAACCACCAGCUUUUAUAAAAAUUGGAAAGUCAGCUCAUCAUUUUUUUUACAAAAUAAAGCAAAAUGAUGGAGUCGAAGAGAGAAAUAGGCAGGGCAAGCUAAAGUUGUAGUUCCUUAGGCUCCUUUCAUUGGGUUAGAAGCCAUUUUGUGCACACAUUGACUUCCUAUUCCUUUGCUCAGAGACAAGGAAAUUGCUUUGAUUCUUUGUGAAUGUUAUCAUUUCUGGAAAAAUAUCUAAGUUACGAGGGAAUAGACCUUACCCUUUUUUCUGAGGAUUGAAUUUCUUGGGUGACAUUGUCACGUGUCCUUAUGGCAGUUUGGCUUCUCUUAGGUUCAUAAAGGGUACAAUAACAACUUCGUGUUCAAGGGGAGUACAGGAGUGGAGGAGAGCUGAGUGGGCACCAGGAUUUUAGUGGACUUUGUUCCCAUUCCAUUGAAAGGUAUUUUCCUCAAGCUCCAUUAUUUAAAGUAGUAAGCAUUGUCAAAUCUGGCCCUAACCUGACCCCUUUAGACCUGCCAGAGACAUGAGAAGAAAUACCCUCCAGUGGCAGGACAGGACUUUGAGGAAGUUCUAUAGGAAGAUACAUGUAUCAGAUAACUCUUCAAAAGCAGAACGUGGAAAGUAUUCUCUAUUAAACUCUUAAGGUUUGGACUUCAUUUUUCAUAGUUUAAAAAUUGCUCAGUUCUGGCCAUUGAAAAUGCUUAGUAAAAUUUGAAGAUUGUAUAAUCAUUCUAAUAUUUGCUAACAGAAGAAUGAUUACUACAUUGCAUUUGUAAAGGAGAAAAGAAAAUUCCUUUGGAAAUAGUGUUAUUACAGACAUUAAGAAAUUUUAGGGCUGGGGCAUGACUCAAGUGGCAGAAUUACCUGCCUAGCAAAUGCAAGGCCCUGAAUUUAAACCCUAGUACUGCAAGAAAAAAAGAGAGAUUUAUAGGCUAAUUUAUAGAGAAAUUUUAGGCUAGGAAUUCUGAGCUAACAGAAGCAGUAAUGGUGGAGCCUGGCUCUACACCAUUGCUUUGGCCAAACUCAGCCAGCUCCUUGAAGUUAGGAUUGUGCUGGUUUCUUGGGAGCCUAGGAAUGAAUCUCCCCACUAUCACUCUUACAGCUUUCUGUGUCUCUUCCUCCAGACUUGGUGUAUGGACCACUUACUUUUGUCUAUGGGAAAGUAAGUAGAACCCAGUUGUUGCUCACAGCUGCAGUCAGAGGUAUGGUACACUGAUCCUUUGCCUUUGGAGACAGCAUUAUCAGGGUAGGGGAGAAGCCCUUUAGGCCUGUCUACUUGACGCAGCUUUCCUACCUGAUAAUGCUGGUGCUUUUGCCAAGAUGAUAAAGACAACCAAGAUGCUCUUAAAUUGUGCAAUUCCCAGACAGAAAACCUGAUGAAAAGAAUAGGUUGGCCUUCUUGACAAAACACCCACCAGCCAUUUUUGGAAGUGUCUCUGACCAGAGAUUUCCGUGCCUGCCUUGAGAAAAUGAAAUCUUUUCAGAAUAAAUCUUCCAAUAAAUUACUGGCUAGUGUUUGCACCACUCCAUUCAGUCACCUUGGGCUGAAUGACCACAUUCAGUGCAAAUGGUGUUUUGCUUCAGUGUAUUUUAUCUCUCCCAAGUGGUUCAGUUGCUUCAAGCUGAUGUUUCAGUCCUGACCGAUGUAAUUCCACAGCCUACAAAAUCUAACUUCUUUCCUUCUUAAAUGUGCCCAAAUAGAAAUGAUUUUGCAUAUUUAAACCUGGCAAAUGAUUAAUCCAGAAGACAAAAGCUUACAAUUUUUUGUUGUUCUUAUACAGUGAACAGACAGAUUUCACAAAUUUAGAGUUAAGUACUCUUGAUGAGAACACUCAGGUUGAAAGGCUGAUUUCUCACUAACUCAACAUCUAUAGUAAUAUAAAAAAUUUCAUUGACUCAUGUCUCAGCAAUUUGAUGUACAUUGUGAUCUAGAGGGAAUGAGGUGAAGUUCAUGUAUGAACUGUGCGGGGUGGGGGAAGAAAGGAUUACUUAGGCGAUUGUGGAACUUGACAAAAUGAGAAGUUAUUUUCAUGCAUCAUAGAAUCAUUCUUUUAUCUACAAGUGAUUGUGCUAACUAUAAAUCAACAUCUAUACAUGAAAGCCGGUUCCCUAAAUUAGGCGACAUUUGGUUAGCCAAGUCCAAGUUAUCUGUACUUGAAAAUAAUAAAACUGCAUUUCCUUAAAAAUACAUUUUAUGGUUAAGACUUUUCUUGCUUUCCCUUCAGUGGACCUUUGAAAAAUGAGUGUUUUGGGCCAAGAGUGUAGCUGAGUAGUAGAGCUCUUGCCUAUCAUGAAUGUGGCCCUAGAUUUGAUCCCAUCUCUGAAAAAGAAAAAAGAAAAAGAUGGACGUGUUUAGAAUGUGUUUUUCGAAAUGGAACUGUGCUUUCUGUGAUGUAAAGUUGUUCUGUUCUUUUCUCUGCGUGUUCUCAAGUGUAAGCUCAACAGAACAAUUUCUGCAGUAAAUUUAAAAGUAAUAUACAAGGAAGGAGUUUUGAUAGCCUUCAUGAUUAGAUGUAAGUGGAGGGGAAAGUAGGAUUUUGCAGGUUCCAUCAUGGGAUUAUCUUCCU